AUCACGGUCAGGACCUUCUCUCGGCCGACAGAAGGGAGCUGCGGGGCCUGCGCCGCCAUGCGUCUCUCACUGCAUGGCUUGCUCCUUGCGCCAAGGAGAUGGGACCGUGAUGGAGUCAUGUUCAUUACAGAGUGAUGGAUGUUGGGGAGUGGCACCGGAACAGUCAAAAACCCCACACCUGCCACACUCGCCUCGGCAGUUGUUCAAGCCGGAUUGGGGCGACUGGGUGUGGUGGUAUCUGAUGCUUUGCGCUUUGAUUGUGAGGGCACAUAUAUAUGCAAUAUGCAGACUACACCACUUGGUACUCUUCUGGUUCAGCUCAUGCAGGUGAACACGGGACAAGGAAAUACAGCGUCUGCUACCGCUGCUGCUGAAGAAUCAAGAUGGGCAUCACUUCGAAUGCUGGCGCUGGGCCAGCGCCCGAGCAGAGCUUGACGAUUAUUGACAACCGUACGAACUCGACGUACAAGAUCCCAAUCACGGACAACUCGAUUCUCGCAUCGGACUUCAAGAAGAUCAAGGCUUCCUCGGCAGCCGUGAUUGGAGAUAGGCAACGCGAGGAGAACGAGACUGAAGGAGGAUUGAGGGUCUACGAUGCAGGCUUCACCAAUACCGCCGUGCUGCGCAGUACGAUCACGUACAUCGAUGGCGAACGAGGCAUCCUGCGCUACCGCGGCUACCCCAUCGAGGAGCUUGCCGCUUCGUCCAAUUUUCUCGAGGUAGCCUACUUGCUCCUCUACGGCGACUUGCCCACCAAGCGGCAGUAUAAAAUCUUCAGCAGCGAGGUGAUGCAUCACUCAUUCGUCCACCGCGACGUCGAGGGGCUCAUGGAGUCUUUCCGGUACGAUUCGCAUCCAAUGGCCAUGCUCACCUCGGCAUUUGCCGCCCUUGGUGCUUUUAGUCCGGAAGCCAACCCCGCCCUACAAGGCCAGAACUUGUACACAAAUGCGGCCAAGGGCGACAUGGCUGCGAUGGCUAACAUGGACAAGCAGAUCUACCGCUUGAUCGGCAAGGCACCUACGCUGGCCACGAUGGCCUACCGCGUCCGACAGGGUCGGCCAUUCAACAAGCCUCCGCUGGGCCUCAGCUUUGCGGGCAGCUUCUUGUACAUGAUCGAUGCGCUCAACGAGCGGGAGUACAAGCCCAACCCAGUGCUCGAGCGCGCGCUGGACAUUCUCUUCAUCUUGCACGCCGAUCAUGAGCUGAAUGCUUCCACUGCUACUGUUCUCCAAGUCGGUUCCACCCUUGCAGACCCGUACACUGCCGUCAGCGCUGGCUGUGCUGCUCUGUAUGGUCCCAGUCACGGAGGCGCGAACGAAGCGGUUGUACGCAUGCUCGAGGAGAUCGGCGGGAAGGAGAAUGUGCCCAAGUUCAUCGAGCAGGUGAAGAAGAAGACGCGUGUUCUCAGUGGAUUCGGUCACAGAGUGUACAAGAACACCGACCCACGGAGCACCAUCAUCCGCCAAGUAGCAGAGGACGUGUUCCGAGUCGCUGGUCGAAGUCCUCUGCUGGACACGGCUUUGGCGCUGAAAGAAGCUGCGGAGACAGACUCAUACUUUAUCGACCGAAAGCUUUACCCCAACGUCGACUUCUACAGCGGCAUCUGCUACAAGGUCCUCGGUCUCCCCACCGACUUUUACGUCCUGAUGUUCGCCGUGCCGCGCGUCGUAGGAUGGCUCGCGCAUUGGCGGCAGAUGGUCCUGCAGUCUUCCGGCGUCAAGAUCUGGCGCCCCAGGCAGAUUUAUGUGGGCGAGGCCGCCAGGGAGUACGUUCCUAUGGACGCGAGGGAGCAGCAAUUGCGGCACAACGAGCCAGAUUUCCGAAAGACUCCCGUACCCAUCUCCCAUGGCGGCGAUACGAAGCGGAGAGCGCUGGCGACGUUCAAAGAUCAGCUCGGAAGGGUGCACGUUGGUAGCAAGCUCUGAAGCCAAGUCGGACACCCUCGCGGUAUGUUUCCCUCUAUAGAGCGCCUUGCUUCACAUUCCUCGUGCUCGUGCUGACCAGGAGGAAGCAAGACGGAUGGCACCCUCGAUUACGCAACCAAGGCUUUCCCGCUCUACCCAGUCAUGUAGAAUAGUCGUUCGAAUCCUCCGUUCAAAACCGCAGUCAACGGUCGCAAGCAGAUAAGGAGGAGCAGCUGAGGCGUGCCAUGACAAAAUAGAUCUAUACAAUUAUACUGAAAUGGCUGCAUUGCAGAAAGAACAUAUACGCGUACGGAGGCUCUCAGGGCACCGCCGCAAAUGUGUUGCU